AUUGAUUUUUUUGGGUGAUGCAUCAGUCGAUUGAUUUGUUUGGUAGAUGUCAAAUCACUUUCCAUAUGCUUUUGCAUACGUUUGUUUGGAAUUUACGAACGCCAGCAUCGAUAAAAAAAAUCACUUCGAUAGAAAAAAUCAAUUUACGAACACGCCGUUAUUUUUUAAAUACAUAACCUAACAAUCUGUUGUUUUGAACAUAAUGUGAUUGACAAAGCUGUUUCCGGUACCUUGAAUAAAGGAGAAUACGUCAACUAAGCUUGGUCACGUAAAUUCAAUUGAUAAAGAGGAAACUGGCCCUAAAAAUGCCCUGUAUAGUGCCGACCUGCUCGGCCAAAGUGCCCGAUCGUCGAUUGCGAACUUUUCCAAAGCAUCCCGUGCUCGUCAACCGCUGGUUGCAAGCCCUCCGGGUGGGAUGUGAGCUGCAGGAUGUUCCUCGGGGUAUGCGUUCAGCCAGGGUGAUGAAAAUUUGCGAUGAGCAUUUCGAGGAAGCAGAAUCGGACGUGAUAAGUAAACGUUACCUAGAACCGACACGUUUUCGAAACAGCAAAGGUGCGAUCAGUUACGUUUCGAGUUGUCAUAUGUGUCAGCAAUUUUUCUCACUAACGAAUAUGCUGGAUUGCGAAAGAAUUAAGAGAAACGUUUUCAGAGAUCGUAAGCACAACUUCAACUUCAAUACGAUUGAUAAAGUGCUAUCAUCAGAUGGUAAACUAUCUCGCUUUGUAUGCUUAUCAUGUACAGCCAACAUUGAGAUCAUGCAUCGUGCUCAACUCGCCAUUGAUAGUUCUUUCAAGUCGUAUAAGUCACUGGAGCGCAAAAUAGACAUAGUGAUCGAGGUCCAGAAUUCCAUAUCUCAAGCCAAAAAUGCUGGGAAUGAAUGCCCAACUAUUAAUAUAACCUCAGAAUCCGAAAAUCAAGAUUCGGACGUUGAAAUUAUCAAGGACAAUCAGGCUUUAGAAUUGGAUAUUGAAAACAUAACAAGUAACCCACCUACUGUAAUGCUUGUUGAAAAAUGUUUCAUCUGUACCGUCAGCUUUUCUACCGAACUUCAAUUACGGAAUCAUUUGAUCGAACAACACGGAAAAACAGGCACUCAACAAUGUGAGGUUUGCGGUGAGAGUUUUCUAGAGCUGAUUGAUUACAACACCCAUUUGGAAAUGCACCCGAUAGGAAGCACGGAUCAGGGCAUCAGCGAUAAUUGUAGAAAAAGCUCCAAUAACGUGAUUCCAGAGAGUACAACGAUUAAUAGAAAACCUACACCGAGAAGACCUAUAAUCAAUCAUUUCCCUCCUAACAGCUUAAUCCAGUGCAAGAUCUGUGAUAAAAGUUACCGACUUAUGAGCGAACUUGACAAGCAUGCUCGCGAAAAUCACGAAGGGGACAAACCGUUUGCGUGUCCCACUUGUGAUUAUCGUUUCAAGAGUAGCAAAAGCCUUCGAAAACACGAUUCGAUUGUACAUCAUAACGUACCGCGCACCAAUUACCCAUCAGGCUCAGUCAAAUGUUUAAUUUGUUCAAUCAAGUUUAUCAAAACAUGUGAUUUAGCUACCCAUAUUCAAGAGAGCCAUUCCGGAGAAGAAUAUCCGUAUUUGAAAUGCACAGAUUGUAUGCUAACAUUUGAUUGUAAGAAAAAAUUGAAUUAUCAUAUGCUCUUGCACACAGGCCGAUAUGUGUGCCAGAUUUGUGGGAAACACUGCAAUGGCGCGGGACCAUUAAGGGUGCAUCUGAGAGAUCGCCACUCGGAUGAACGAGGCUUCGAAUGUGAGUUCUGUAAAGCAAGAUUCAAAACAAAUACCGUGCUGCGUCUGCACGUGGAGCGAAAGCAUAAGGAAGAAAGAAACUUUAAAUGCGAAAUUUGCCAGAAAGCUUUCAAAACUUUAUAUAAUCUCAAUUCCCACAAGAAGAUACAUUUCAAAGAAGGAAACUUUUCAUGCGAAAUAUGCCAAAAGGUUUUUCCCAGAAAAAGUUAUUUGAAGGAUCACCGUAAGUCACAUUCAGAACCAGAAUAUCAAUGUGACAUUUGCAAGAAAAAAUUCAGAACUAAAAGUAGUUUGGAAUAUCAUCUUUCGAAUAAGAACCCUGAGGUCACAAAGAAGAAGUUUGAAUGUAAGCUGUGCAAUAAAUUCAUGACCACGAAAAGCAAUUUGAUAGCACACUUUAAGUCACAUGGACAUAAGAGCAAAAAAGGAAAAAAUAAUUUCCGAUCGUAACAAUCUUUGUUGGUUCUGCAUCUAUAAUUGAUUAGAGCUGGAUGUGUGCCUUGAAACAGUAUGCAGUGGUUUUUUUUUAAAUCAAAUACAUUUCGUGUUAAACAAAUAAUUAAGAUGGAAUAAUUUUUACAUAUAAACAUCUUAACCUUUGAAGAAAAUUUUCUAUGAAAAUA